UCCACACUCAAAAGAAUGAAGACGCGACAGAACAAGGACUCAAUGUCAAUGCGGAGUGGACGGAAGAAAGAGACUCCAGGGCCCCGAGAGGAGCUCAGGUCACGGGGUCGAGCUUCCCCCGGCGGCGUCAGCACCUCCAGCAGCGAUGGCAAAGCUGAGAAAUCCCGACAAGCGACAAAGAAAGGCCGGGUGGAGGAAUCCUGCACCCCCAAGGGCAGCAAGCAGGGCCGGACAGAAGAGAUCUCAGAGAGUGAGGGGGAGGACACCAACGCUCCCAAAAAAACCAAAACCGAGGAGUUGCCCUGCCCUCCAUCCCCGUCCGAUGUUGACAGCCUCGAUGGCCACAGCUUCAACGACGAGAUGAGCAGUGACCCACGGGACAUCGACCAGGACAACAGGAGCACCUCACCCAGCGUCUACAGCCCUGGCAGCGUGGAGAAUGACUCCGACUCCUCCUCCGUGCUGUCCCAGGGGCCGUCUCACUCCUACCACCACCCUCCGCUCUUCCCCCAGAGCCCCCCGGUAGCUCCCCCUCCGGACAGCCUGGCCCGACCACCCGAGCCCGGCUUCGGGCUCGGGGGCGACGUGCACCCCCAGGGACCCCCGGCGGGGAGCUACCACUCGCAGCUGGAGGGCCAGGCCUCCCGAAUUUACCAGGCUCAAGCCCCGCAGACACCCUCCUCUUCCUCCUCCUCUUCCUCCUCUUCCUCCUCCUCCUCCGCCCACGCUCCUCUUUACCCGACGGCCAACGUGGUGCAGGUGGGGGCCAAAAUUGCCAGCGGAGCCGCGGGGCUCCCAGCGCCGGGGGGUCGCGAGCAGACCCUCGGCACCAAGCACAACCCGCCGCCCACCACCCCCAUCUCGCUGGCGUCGGUGGUCGGGGGGCUCCCCCCACAAAAGACGCCCCCGGCCAACCCUCCGGCCGCCCCGCCGCCGUCUUCGGCCCCUUCCUCCCCGCUGCCCCUCAGCGCCGCCCAGAUCAAGCAGGAGCCGUCGGAGGAGUACGAGCCCCCCGAGAGCCCCGUGCCGCCUGCUCGCAGCCCCUCGCCGCCCCCCAAGGUGGUGGAUGUGCCGAGCCAUGCCAGCCAGUCAGCCAGAUUCAACAAACACUUGGACCGCGGCUUCAACUCCUGCUCCCGCACGGACCUGUACUUUGUGCCCCUCGACGGCUCCAAGCUGGCCAAGAAAAGGGCAGACUUGGUGGAGAAAGUGCGGCGAGAGGCUGAGCAGAAGGCGCGGGAAGAGAAGGAGCGGGAACGGGAGCGGGAGCGGGAGAAGGAGCGGGAGCGGGAAAAGGAGCGGGAGCUGGAGAGGAGCGUGAAGAUGGCCCAGGAGGGCCGGCCGGUUGAGUGCUCGUCCCUCGGGCCGGUUCCCCACCGCCCCUCCUUCGAGCAGGGCAGUGCCGUAGCGACCGUUCCCCCGUACCUGGGUCCCGACACCCCGGCUCUGCGCACCCUCAGCGAAUACGCGCGGCCCCACGUCAUGUCCCCCAGCAACCGCAACCACCCUUUCUACGUGCCGCUGGGCGCUGUCGACCCGGGCUUGCUGGGGUACAACGUGCCGGCCAUCUACAGCAGCGAUCCAGCGACGCGGGAGCGAGAGCUGAGGGAACGGGAAGCCCGCGAACGAGACCUGAGGGACCGGGACCUGCGUGAACGUCUCAAGCCCGGCUUUGAAGUCAAGCCGGCCGAGUUAGAGCAGCUCCACGCCGUGCCAGCUGCUGCCAUGGAUCCGUUCCCACGCCACGGCGGGCUGAGUCUGCAGACGGCCCCCGGCCUUCAUCCCGCUUUUCCCUUCCACCCAGGGCUGGGCCACUUGGAGCGGGAGCGGCUGGCGCUGGCAGCCGGCCCGACCCUUCGUCCCGACAUGUCCUACGCCGAGCGCUUGGCGGCUGAGCGCCAGCACGCCGAGCGGGUGGCUGCUCUCAGCAAUGACCCUCUGGCCCGGCUGCAGAUGCUCAAUGUGACACCUCAUCAUCAUCAGCAUUCCCACAUCCACUCCCACCUCCAUCUCCACCAGCAGGAUGCCAUACAUGCAGCCUCGGCUUCUGUUCACCCUCUUAUCGACCCACUCGCCUCGGGAUCCCACCUCACCCGGAUACCAUAUCCAGCUGGAACCAUCCCCAACCCUCUCCUGCCUCACCCUCUACAUGAGAACGAAGUGCUGCGCCACCAGCUCUUUGCCGCACCCUACAGGGACCUGCCGGGCUCCCUCUCCGCGCCCAUGUCAGCAGCGCAUCAGCUGCAGGCCAUGCACGCGCAGUCAGCCGAGCUGCAGCGCCUGGCCCUGGAACAGCAGCAGUGGCUUCACGCCCACCACCCUCUGCACGGCGUGCCGCUCCCGACGCAGGAGGAUUACUACAGCCACCUGAAGAAAGAAAGUGACAAACCCCUUUAA